AUGAGUGGGCCAUUCCAAAACAUCUACCAUCUCCGCCGGGUAGCAGACACCGCGGCAAAGGCGUGCUACGUCUGCCACAAGCCCUCGAGCAGCGUCAUGAUCACGCCUGACAACAAGGAUUUCUUCUACGUUUGUCCUAUUCAUCUAAAGGAUCGGCAUUUCUGCUCUCCUAUCGUUGACACAGAGGCCGAGGAAAAGAAGAAGAAAGAAGAGGCAUUAGCCAAAGAAAUCGAGAAAGUAAAGAAGGAGUACGAGGAGAGACAAAAAAAGAAAAAAGACAAGUCGAAAGAGAAGAAACCCGACGAAGAGUCAAAGAAGGAAGAAAAAUCAUCCAACACCGACAAACAGGAGGGCAAUGACGAGAAGGAACGAGACGAUAAGGUCUAUACCCUACCCUACCCUACCUCCCCUGCCCAUUCUCCCUCAGGCCACCCAGACGCUCAGACCCUGAACAUUGAAUCCCUCAAGAAGUCAGCACAGUCCACGUCGACGUCGGAUGACGGGCCUCGUAUUUUCGCAUUGCAUAAGUAA